GCCGCUGAAGGGGUGAUCCUCGCAUGUCACAAGAAGAGAGAACAAGUGAGAACAAAAUGGCGGCAAAAGUAAAUUUAAAAAAAAGUUGAGAAGCAAACAAAUAAGGCUAAACACCGCACGAAGAGAAGUUGUAAAAUUUGCAGCUGCGUAGGGAACACAUCACAUUUGCAUACACGCGUAUGUUACGUGUUCUUAUAAAAUAUAAAGCAGCUCUGAAAGGACGCGCGAAAAUCUCGCGCUGAAUGUGCUGACCUUUUAAGAUGCCACUUCCCUUUUUGACUGAGCAGGGAAGUGGGCCAGCUAAACAGCAAAUAACGAAAGAUGAAGAUUAAUUUAUCCCUCGGCAAAAAAAGUAGAGGCGAGGGGGUGGAACAGAGGACGGGUAACGAGGAAGGCACUUCCACUGGGGCAUUGAAAAAGGGAAGUCGGGAAGUUGAUCGAAAAAGUGAUAAAGAGGGAAGGGCCACAACCAAAGAAACCGGUGUGAAGAACCAAAUGGGGGAUUUUUUUGGAACCUCAGAUGAUGAAGAGGAACCAUACGAACUGGAGAACAACCAAAAUAAGAAAAUAAAUGAAGAAAAAAAUAAACAAAUCGAAAGGGAAAUUAGAGAGUAUAUUUAUGAGCAUGAAAAUCCAGGGGAAACAAACCCAAGGGAGGAAUUAAAAAUUGAUCAAACAGACAAGAAGAAGAAAAUUCGCUACCUGGGUUAUAGGGGCGACGAGUUGACCAAGCUGCAUGAGGAUAGAGCAAACCACUUGGGGGGGAAGAAGCAGUAUGGCCCCUCCUAUAAGGAACAAGGAGAUAACCGAAGCGACCAUCGGGGUGAUGACAAAAGGGGGGAAAAGCGAUCAAAUGAUCAUCAUUCACCGAAAUACCAAAGUGGACGAAAAACGAGAGAGAGGGAAGACGAUGCCGCAGCCAAGGACGAAGUGGAGAAGGAAAUCCGCAUCGAUGACAUAUUCAGUAAGAAGGAGAGCGACCAGAAGGGAAAGUCCAAAUACAUGGACGCCCUCAUCGGUAGCGCCAAACGAAGGGAAUUGGAAAGGGAAAUGUUGAUUCAAAAAAAACUCAAAAUUGAUACGUCCAAGGAGGAAAAAGUUUUUAUAACCAAGGCGUAUAAAAAAAAAAUGAUUGAUAGGCAACUAAUUCUGAAGGAUAUGGAGCUGGAACACCACCAGGUCCAGGCUGAAAAUCGGCAGUCCAGCUACAACUUGAAUUUGUUUCUUAAAAAUAUAAAUGCGCCGUCGAAUUAUAAUCGGUCGAAUAGGCGCCCCCAUGGUGAGAAGUAG